AUUUAAUGCUAUUGCACCCUCUCAAUACGCUCUGCAAUAACUCCUUGCUGCCACAGUUUUCUCUUUCUCCUUCACUUCCAUUGCCUUGUUUCUCUUCCUAAGUUACUUUGAUUCUCCAUCUUCUUCAUGCUCUCUAGUUUUGUUUUUUUUCCCAUUCUUUCUUGACUCUUGAUUUCCUUCCCUGGACUCUAUCUCCAUAUCCACUCACCAACUUCUUACCAUAAAAAUUAUUUCCAAACUCUCCAGAGAAACCACUAGCAGACCCAAAUACUGCUUUCUUUUCCACAAGAUAAAGCUAAAGAAAGAAAGGAAACUGGGAAGGCAAAGUUGGAUUCUCCGUGAUCUUAGUUGGGCGUUAUGUAGAUUUUAUAUUUGGAUUUUGGGGGGUUAGUCAGAUAUUUACCUGUUAAAAAUCGUCAACUCGACCUUCUUUAUAUAUUCUGUGUCUCUUUCGUAUGUACGUAAGAACCAGAUAGGCGUAGAAAGGGAGAAACCAAUUCCCCUACGGGGAAAAAGAGAACCAUAGUCAGCCUGCCUGUUUUCUAUACUCCCUAGAAAAUCCGUGAGAAACCCACUCUCUAUGAUCUAAGACCAUAUAUAACAGUAGAGUCAAAAGGAGAGUGAGUUAAGCUACUAAGGCACAGACACACAAAUAUAUAUUCCUAUAUACAACUCUUCUUUGGUUCGUGGCUUGUGAAAUAUGCCAGCCGGAGUAAUGAUUCCGGCAAGAAACAUGCCAUCAAUGAUCGGGGUUAAUGGUAAUGUUGGUGGGUUUGGAUCAUCCUCCGGACUUGCUCUUGGUCAGUGGAAAUUUCCGUUCUGCUGUUAGAUUAACAAACAAUAAAGCUUGAGGAAUCUUAAAGAUCUGUAGAUAAUGUUCCAGCCAAACAUGAUGGAAGGUCACGAGUUUCAUCAUCUAGGCAUGACACACAACACAUCUGAAGGCGACAUGACUCGAAUUAGAGAUGAAGAAUUUGAUAGUACCAACACAAAAUCAGGCAGUGAGAAUCAAGAAGGCGCUUCAGGUGAUGAUCAAGACCCACGCCCCAAAAAGAAGCGCUACCAUCGCCAUACCCAGCAUCAGAUCCAAGAAAUGGAAGCUUUCUUCAAAGAGUGUCCACACCCAGAUGACAAGCAAAGGAAGGAGUUAAGCCGAGAAUUAGGGUUAGAGCCUUUGCAAGUCAAGUUUUGGUUUCAAAAUAAGCGUACCCAAAUGAAGACCCAGCAUGAGCGCCAUGAAAAUACACAGCUUCGAAAUGAGAAUGACAAGCUUAGGGCUGACAACAUGCGGUACAGAGAAGCUCUUAGCAAUGCCUCGUGUCCUAAUUGUGGAGGGCCUACUGCCAUAGGAGAGAUGUCCUUUGAUGAACAUCAUUUGAGACUUGAAAAUACUAGAUUGAGAGAAGAGAUUGACCGUAUUUCAGCAAUUGCUGCUAGGUAUGUUGGCAAGCCUGUGGUGAACUAUCCUGUUCUAUCGCCUCCAAUGCCUCCACGUCCAGUUGACCUUGGUGUUGGGAAUUUUGGUGGACAACCAGGCUUAGGAGGGGAUAUUUAUGAAGCUGGAGACCUACUAAGGUCUAUUAGUGCACCUACUGAGGCUGAUAAGCCCAUGAUAAUUGAGCUUGCAGUGGCAGCCAUGGAGGAACUAAUUAGAAUGGCUCAAAUGGAUGAACCUUUAUGGAUGAACAGCCUUGAUGGAAUUGAUGCAGUGUUGAAUGAAGAUGAAUACAUAAGGAUAUUCCCUCACGGUAUUGGUCCUAAACCUACUGGUUUUAAAUGUGAGGCUUCAAGAGAGUCUGCUGUUGUUAUCAUGAACCACAUCAACCUUGUCGAGUAUCUCAUGGAUGUGAAUCAGUGGUCUACAUUGUUUUCUGGCAUUGUCUCAAGAGCUUUGACUUUAGAAGUGCUAUCUACAGGAGUUGCAGGGAACUACAAUGGAGCCUUGCAAGUGAUGACAGCUGAAUUUCAACUUCCAACUCCACUUGUUCCUACUCGUGAAAGUUACUAUGUCAGGUACUGUAAACAACAUGCUGAUGGGACUUGGGCUGUGGUUGAUGUUUCAUUGGACAGUAUACGCCCUGGUCCAGCAGCAAGAUGUCGAAGAAGGCCAUCUGGAUGUUUAAUUCAAGAAAUGCCCAAUGGAUACUCAAAGGUUACAUGGGUUGAACAUGUAGAAGUGGAUGAUAGAGGUGUUCAUAAUCUAUACAAGCAUCUAGUUAGCUCAGGACAUGCAUUCGGGGCAAAACGUUGGGUCGCAACCCUAAACCGGCAAUGCGAGCGCCUUGCCAGUGCCAUGGCAACAAACAUUCCUGCUGGUGAUGCUGGUGUUAUUACUAAUCAAGAAGGAAGAAAGAGUAUGAUGAAGCUGGCAGAGAGAAUGGUGAUAAGCUUCUGUGCUGGCGUGAGCGCCUCUACCGCCCACACAUGGACUACACUAUCAGGGACUGGAGCUGAUGAUGUCAGGGUCAUGACAAGGAAGAGUGUAGAUGAUCCAGGGAGGCCUCCUGGGAUUGUGCUUAGUGCAGCAACUUCCUUCUGGCUUCCAGUUCCACCAAAGAGGGUUUUUGAUUUUCUACGUGAUGAGAACACCCGUAAUGAGUGGGAUAUUCUAUCAAAUGGUGGGGUUGUCCAAGAAAUGGCACACAUUGCUAAUGGCCGGGAUACAGGCAACUGUGUAUCUCUAAUCCGAGUUAAUAGCGCGAAUUCGAGCCAGAGCAACAUGCUGAUUUUGCAAGAGAGUUGCACUGAUCAAACGGCCUCUUUCGUAAUCUAUGCUCCUGUUGAUAUUGUUGCAAUGAACGUGGUGCUUAACGGCGGGGAUCCAGAUUAUGUGGCCCUUCUUCCAUCAGGGUUUGCUAUUUUUCCUGAUGGAACCGCAGCGCAUGGAGUAGGCAUGGAUGAAUCUGGGUCUACAGGAGGAUCUCUUCUAACUGUCGCGUUCCAGAUUCUGGUUGAUUCAGUUCCUACAGCAAAACUGUCUCUUGGCUCAGUUGCUACUGUUAACAACUUGAUUGCAUGCACUGUGGAGAGGAUUAAGGCUUCCUUAUCAUGCGAAUCUGCAUGAUCUUUGAAGGUUAAUUUAUAGUUCAUUACCAGAGAAGGAAAAACGAGGGAAAUUUUGUGAAAAAACUCAAAGUUGGUUUCGAUUUUGGGUGAUAGAAGAAUGGGAGAAGUCAAGAACGCACCUCACAUAAUUCUUUUUUGCCUCAUGGCUUUCGUUUUUGGGCAAGAAUAAUUAAGAACCAAAGCAUACCAUGAGUGGGAAAAGAUGUUAGAGGUUCGGGAAUUGACUUCGCCAAACAAAGUAAAGGGCAAAUAUAGACCAGACCCCUUGUAAUAUUCCGAGGUUGAUCUACUACUUUUCCCCUUCUUAACUUAGUUGUUAGGGUUUUUUGAGGCUUGUGACCCCUAUCCGUACUUCUCCUCCACUUGUUAUUUUGUUUGUGUCUUGGAGCACUAGUGGGUGAAAAGCUCACACCCACUAGUAGACAAUGGUUUCUGCUUUUCUACUCUUUCCCAUCUUAAGAACUUUUGGAAUAGACAGACUUCUUUUGUAUUUAUUAUUGGUUUGAAUUGUCUUCACCAUAUUUAAACCUGGGUUUAUUUUCA